AUGAUUUGGUGGAACCUAAAGCUAGUCGGCUGCGGCGGUACGCUUUGUGAUGGCGGGACGAGGGUGAUAUUCGUCUGCCGGUAUUCCGAGACGGGCCUCAUCAUCGGGAACAAUUCGUAUCCGACGGGCCCUCUCUGUUCGGGUUGUGGUCGUGCGCCGAAGGUCGAUGCAAUCAGGGAGCUGUGCAGUCGCUGUGCUGACGACAUGAAGAAUAACUAU